AUGAAUAAGUAUAGGCUCAUUCGUAAGCUUGGAGAGGGUACCUUCUCUGAGGUCCUGAAGGCUCAAUCUGUUAAGAGUGGAAAGUAUGUGGCUAUAAAAUGUAUGAAGAACCAUUUCGACUCAAUUGAGCAAGUUAAGAAGCUAAGAGAAAUCCAAGCUCUUGAGAGACUCUCCCCUCAUGCUCAUAUAAUCAAAUUGUUAGAAGUUCUCUACGAUGGGCCGACCGGUAGACUAGCUUUGGUAUUUGAAUUAAUGGAAAUGAACAUGUAUGAAGCCAUCAAGGGCAGGCCCCACUAUCUUCCUGAGAAUAGAGUUAAGUACUACAUUUAUCAGCUUAUGAAAGCGAUUGACCACAUGCAUCGGAACGGCAUUUUUCAUCGUGAUAUAAAGCCAGAAAAUAUUUUACUCCUAGACGAUACAGUCAAACUUGCUGAUUUUGGAAGUUGUAGAGGGAUCUAUUCAAAGCCUCCUUUGACAGAAUAUAUUUCUACCCGUUGGUACAGAGCCCCAGAAUGAUUACUAACUGAUGGUUACUACGGCUACAAAAUGGACAUAUGGGGAGUCGGAUGAGUAUUUUUCGAGGUUCUUAGUCUCUUUCCACUAUUCCCAGGAGACAACGAGCUUGACCAGAUCCAUAAAAUUCAUAACAUUCUUGGAACCCCAGAGCAGGAGCUCUUAGAUAGAUUUCAAAAACAUGCAACUCAUAUGGAGUUUGAUUUCCCAACUAAGAAAUAUGUUGGUAUUUCAAGACUGAUUUCUCAUGUGUCUAAAGAAUGCCAGGAGUUAAUCCUCUGGAUGAUAACUUAUAACCCAGAUGAUAGACCUUCAGCAAGCCAGAUCAUAAAGCACCCUUACUUCAAAGAUCUCAAAGAAAUUGAUGACAACAGAAGAAGUGGGCAAGUCAAGGGUGUUGGAAUUGACAACCUCUCUCAAUAUUCAAGGAGAAACAGAGAUAAUGCUUCUGACGGAGGAGACAGUCAAAACUCCAAGAGUUUCAAGGGUUCAAAGAAGAAUUUCGUCAAGAAGCCUCACCAAGUGAAUAUUUUCCCUCCUAUCAAGAACAUCAAGGGAGAUAAGAAGAAGGGCAAAAAGAAAAAUCAUCAUGAGAAUUAUCAAAAACUUAAGCACAAUUCCUCAAAUCAUUCUAUAACAGGGAAGAAAAUUAUUCCGACGGUCAAGAAGAUAAAUAAGUUCAAGAUCAGGGACAAGCUAGGUUAA